AACGGCGGCAGCGGCCCAAAACGAAAUUCUCCUGACGAACGAUCAUGGUAAGUUGUUAACCUUAUAUAACUUCACUAAUGCCAGUGGAUAAGGCUCCCCACACCCUACUUCCGGAAGUGAUUCUGGUAUUCCCGGUUCAAUCAACCGUCAAGGCAGUACAUAUAUAUUUUCUGAGAUCGAUAUACGGCUCGAACUCCGCGAACAUAUCCAAGCCGGAUCGGGAUGAAACACUCAGACGGCAUGUGGAAGAGGUCACCAGCAUGCUCAUUUUAGACGCCUUAUUAAGGUUGUCUCUCUUCGCCUGGCACUUUGAUGCAAGCGGCGAAUUCUCUCAAGAGCUCCUUCAAUUCAUUAUCGAACCUCUGGAUGAGCUUGAGGAAGUAUGCAAGGUUAUCUGGCAGCAGUAUAGGGCUCGUUCGGAGCAUCAUGUGUCAUGCAAAGUCUUCAUGAUCGAGAUGAUAAACCUGUUAUGUUUCCUUGAUGUGUUGGUUGCCAGAAGUUGGACCAGCUUAUGUGGUAGGAGUGACUAGAUACACUCAUUUUAUGAAAGAGAGUAUUGAACUGAGGCUAUAUCUGGACAAUAUCAUCUUUUGUAUAUAAAGAAAGACUAUCCUAUCUGCGACCGUGCAUUGGUCUGAAGAUAACGAUAUUCAGAUUGUCACUUUGAUAGAUGACUAAUCAAACCGAAGCCUCUUCAACCUGGCCGCCCGCACCCGCAAUGACAACAAUCCAUAUGUAAAUCCAUCCACAUGAAGUACACCGCGACAACCUGUGUGCUAGAC